GAAUAUGUGUGGUUUUUAAAUACGUAAUAAAGUGAGAAAAACUGGAUCUUGAUCUGAACCUAAAAAGAAAAAAGGCAUUUUAAUUUCAGGGGUCACGUCUUCACCUCUUCUGAUAGUUCGUGAUUCAACCUCUACAAAAACUACUUGCUACCCAUAAAACUCUUAAACCAUUUCCCUUUGGCUUUUUUUCAACAAUAUUGUUUAUGGGGUUCCAGUUAUAGAAGUAAACUAUUGUUGUUAUUACUAAGAUUGUGGUUUAAGGAUCUUAUUGCAACUUUGUACCUUUUCUUCCAUUCUAAUCAUUUGACCAAAUUUGCCUAUAAAGUUACCUACUUUUGCUUCGUCAGAAUAGGGAUCUUGAAUCCAGACGCUGAGGCUCGCUUCUAUUACUGUAUAUCAGUUGUGGUAAUUGGAUUCGAAGGAAAUCAUCAUGUUCAAGUAUUCACCACGUAGAAACCAGAGAAAUAAAGGAUUCAAGGUAAAGCAUGCUCUUCAGAUAUGUGUACUUGUAGGUGUUUGUAUCUGGCUACUUUACCAAGUCCAGCACUCACGUACCAAGAAAGCAUCUUAUGAACAAAACACAAGUGUCUCAGAGAAGGUACAAAGUGAGAAUGAUGUUAUCAGGUUAGGUCGAAAGGACCUCCAACCUCAAAAGAAGGAAGAAGAAAUUGACGAUGAGAAGCUGAAGGAGGUGACAGAGGAAGAAGAGGGUAAAAGUUUCAACGACGAUACCAAAGUGGACGAGCAUGAUCUUGAUCUAGAAAAAUCAGCACAGGAUAGUGAGCAGAAAGGGGAUUCAGUGGAUGAGGAUGCAGGAACGGAGAAAAUCCACGAGAAUGAAGCAAGAGGAGAAGACAAUGCUGAAGCAGAAAGCAAAGAGAAUACGGAAGAUGGCAAAGGUGAGAGUAAUGAGGAAGCCACUGACAUGAACACCAACAACAGUGAAACUAGAGAAGAAGAAAGUGAGAAAGAUCAGGGAAAGCUAAGUGGCGUUGAGGGUGAAGAAAAUAAGGACCAGGAAAUAGAAAAGGAAGAGAAGGAUGUUAAAGAAAACAAUGACAAGGAAAGUGAAAGUGAAGAUGGUAAAGAGAAGGUAGCUGAGGGAAACGUUGAUGCAGAAACUGAUGUGAAGGAAGAGAAGGUAGAAAGUGAAGAGAGUGGAAGUGAAGAUAUCUCUAAGAAUAAAAGCGAAGAAGCAGUUGAAAAUGAAAGCGAAAAGAAGUCAGCAGAGUUGGAGGAAAGUAAUGAGGAAAAAGUAAAAGAGAAUGAUGAGAGCAAAGAAGAGAAGAAUGAGGGAGAUAGCAGAGAGAACGAUGAAGUCAACAAAGAGAAGGAAGAGAACCAAAACAAAAAUGAAGAAUCUGGCUCAUCAGGAGAAGAUAAGGUUCAUGAUGAAAACGAUAGGACAAGUGAGGCUGCAACCGUAGAAAACGGCAAGGACGAGAGUUCAUUGGUCAAAGAGACUUCAGAUUCUGAAAACAUGACAGGGACAGAAGGAGAUGGUAAUGUAGCCGUGAACAAUGAGGAGCAAUCUAAGAAGGGAGAAGAUGAGUUGCAGGACGAUAAAAACAAGAACGAGGGAAGUGAUGAAAGUCUGAACAAGUCGGAGGCAGAUGCUGGAGAAAAUAAGAUGGUUGAACAAAGUAGUUCUUCAGAUGCAAAUGCUGCUGGAGAAGCGAGUAACGGAAGCAACAGUGAGGACAAUUCUAAUCCUGCGGCAGGAAACAAUGAAGCGACUAGCCAGCAGACAGAAACUGGCAAUGCUGCCUCUGAGACCAAUCAAAAUGAAAACAACAGUAGUGAUAACUCCGAUGCUGCAGCUGGAACCAACGAAGCCAAUGAACAUCAGCAAGGAAAUGAAAACUCUGCCUCUCAUACCCAAAAUGAGAACAACACUAGUGAUAACUCAAAUCCUGCAGCAGGAAAUGAGAACAACUCUAGUGAUGACUCCAAUCCUGCAGCAGAAACCAAUGAAGCCAAUAAGCAGCAGCAGGAAAAUGACAGUUCUGCCUCUGGUACCAAACAAAAUGAGAAGAACUCUGGUGAAGACUCCAAUUCUGCAGAAGGAACCAAUGAAGCCAACAAACAGCAGCAGGAGAAUGAGAAGAACGCAGCCAACGCGGCUGCUUCUGUUGGAGAUGGCACACAGAACAUUUCAAAUGACCAGCAGUCUGAGAAAAGUGAUUCAAACUCCUCAGCAAAUGAAGAAUCAGUCACAAGCUCAAACAGCUCUGAAUCUGUUGUAUCAGUUGACCAAAAUGGCAACUCUGUUACAGCUGGGACAACUGAGAAAUCAACAGGAAGUGGGAACGACCAAAAUGAGGCAAACCAGAAAUCAGACGCUAAUUCUGAUUCAGGUUCUGAGAAUAAAAUCAAUCCCUCAAAUGACAAUGACGAGACAGACACAGAUCAAAACAAAUCGAAUGAUUCUUCCAGCUCAAAUGGCAAUCCUGAUGAUAGCCAGCAAAGCCAAGUUGAGUCGACAAAUUCUGCAAUUCCUCAAGAGGAGACAGAGGCUCGUACGGAUCUGGGUACGUUGCCACAGACAGGAACCGAGGGGAACAGCCAUGAAGAAGCUGCAGCAGAGUAACAUAGAUACCUCUUAUUAUUUCUUUGUUCAAGGUUUUAUUCCACAUUCUUUUCUUUUGUUGCCUGUUUUAAAAUUCUAAGGCAAAUGUGAAAGUAAGAUAACUUGGGUUGCUUGCUGGUCGAUGCUGAAGAACCCACUAUGUAACAAAUAUAAAGUUCGAUGUUGCGCCAGAACUUUGUGAAUUGGUUAUCUCUAUCCCAUAAACGUGUAUCUCUUGCAAUGUUCCAUGAUUAAUGGUAAGAGUUUCUCCAUCUAGA